UUUUAGAAGCUUUUAGCUUUUUAUACGUAAUCUGCUCACAAGCUUAUGUCAGUACUUACGCGUAAGAUUCCAAUUCCCACGAUAAUUAUGCCACCAGGGUUGGACAGUUCCAAACAAUCUGCCACGGAGUCGCCCCACAGACGAAAUCCGUCUAUAAAAUGCGCAAAAUCCAAACAAAAACACACAAAUUCCUCAAUAAGUCCGCCCAAAAUCCAAACAAAAACACACAAAUUCCUCAAAAAGUCGGCCCACAAUCCAUACCAAAAAACAAAACCCUUAAAGAUUCCCGGCGGCGGCGUCCAUCUGGUUACAUAAAGUGUCGAAGCAGGGUUUGUUGCACCUCAAAGAAAACGAAAUAUCCAGGCAUGGCAGAAGCAGAAGUAACAGAGGUGGAGGAUUGCAGAGGGGUCUUGAAGGUAUACAGCGACGGCUCCAUAGUCCGUUCACCGCAGCCAGGGUUUCCCUUGCCCUACGCAGAUGACGGCAGAGUGGAGUACAAGGAUGUCGUGUUCGACCAAACCCUAGGCCUCCAACUCCGCCUCUACAUUACCACUGAAGCCCUUGCAUCCCAAAGCCAGAUCCCUAUUUUCGUGUAUUUUCACGGCGGAGGGUACUGCAUCGGGUCUCGAACCUGGGGCAAUUUCCACAACUACUGCCUGCGCCUAGCCCUAGCCCUAAAUGCCCUGGUCAUUGCCCCUGACUACAGGGUGGGGCCGGAGCACCGACUGCCCGCUUCUCUGGACGACGGCUUUGCAGCCAUUCGGUGGAUUCGAACACAGACAGAGGCCAUUGAUGGAUCUGCGGCGACUGCAGAUCCCUGGAUGGCCUGCCAUGCGGAUUUUGCUCGGGUCUAUGUGUCGGGUGAUAGCGCGGGCGGGGGCAUCGCAUACCAUGUGUCCAUCCGCGCGCCCCUGGAGCCCUCCUGGGGACGGGUGCAGAUCAAGGGUUAUAUCCUGCUCAUGGCGUUUUUUGGUGGAGAGGAGCGAACCCCGUCUGAGGCAACGUGUCCGUCCGACGCGUUCCUUAACCGGGAUUUGAAUGAUAGGUACUGGAGGCUUUCGCUGCCUGUUGGGGCUAAUCGGGAUCACCCUGUUUGCAACCCUUUUGGUCCCGGUGCUCCAGAUUUGAAGGAGCUGGCGCUGCCUGCUGUGCUGGUCAUUGCGGGCGGGUGUGAUCUGCUGCGAGAUAGGGAGAUCGAGUAUGCAGAGAAGUUGAAGGAGUAUGGGAAACAGGUGGAGUUGGCAGUGUAUGAGGGGGAGCAGCAUGGCUUCUUUACGCUUACGCCCAAUUCCUCCGCUUCCAAGGAUCUCAUGGACCGGAUUAUUGGAUUUAUGAAAGCCCAUCAAUAGCUUAUUUCAGGCCGCUUUUCCUCCGAGGACUUCAAGGAUCGCAUUUUGUGAAAACCUGUCCAUGGCUUAUUUCAGGUCAUUUUUUCCUCCUGGGGCUUCAUGGAUUGCAUUUGUGAAGUCCCAUCCAUAGCUGAUUGCAAGUCACUUUUUCUCCAAGGUCUUCAUAGAUUGUGUCAUCGCAUAUGUGAAGGCUCAUCAAUAGCUUAUUUCAAGUUCGAUUUUCUCCAAGAACCUAAUGGAACAUUCCAUCGUUGCAUUAAUGGAGGUCCAUCAUUAACUUAUUUGGGAUUUCUUGUUCCGAACGUUUUUAAAGGCAGAUUGUUCGGUACCUAUUUAUGCCUUUAAAAAAUGAAUUUAAACGAUCUUAUUUGAUCACA